AUGGCAGAGGACGCGGCAGCGCCCGUGUCGGAUCUGGAGCAGCAGGAGGAACAGCAGCAGGAAGCAGUUCCCGAGCAGGCCGAGGAGGCCGGGCUGAAGAAGCGUGAGCGCGGGGACGACGAGGACGAGCAGGAGCCCACCGCCAAGCGUCCCAACCACAACGCCGAGGAUGAGGAAGAUCCGCCUGCCGCCGACGAACUGCCUGCCGCCACUGCAGAGGCAGCGCAGCAGGACGCGCCAGUGGAGGCUGCUGCGGAUGGUGGCGACUGCCCUGACAAUGCCGGCGGCGCCGCCGCCGACCCCCCGGCCGAGGGUGCGGCCCCGGCCGCGGCCGCGGACGAGGCGGCUGCUGGCAACCCUGGCCCUGCCGGUGGCAACCCUGGGACGGGCGCGGGCGUGCCGGCCGGGCACUCGCCUGACGACCGCGAGUACACGGUGCACCCGGACGGCACUGUGAGCGAGGUGCUGCACAUCGCCAAGACCAUGAUUGGCAAGCUCAUCGGCAAAGCAGGCGCCACCAUAAUGGGCCUGCAGGCGUCCACCGGCGCGUCCAUCCAGGUGGACCAGGCGACAGCGACGCGUGGUGGCGAGUGCAGGCGCGUGACGAUCAAGGGCACCGCCGCCCAGGUGGAGAGCGCCAAGGCGCAGGUCGAGGCGGUGCUGGCCGCCGAUGCGCCCGGGGCUGCGCCGGCGUCUGGGGAGACGAGCACCGACGUGCGCUGCCCUCAGGCCGUGGUGGGGCGCAUCAUCGGGCGCGCAGGCGAGACAAUCAAGCUGCUGCAGGCUGCCAGUGGUGCCUACAUCCUGGUCAACCAGAACUUCCCCGACGGGGAGGACCGCAUUGUGACGGUGUCAGGCAGCAACGACUCGGUGGAGCGCGCCGCCAACAUGAUCCGCGACCUCAUCGCCAGCGACCAGAACACCGUGCAAAGCGUCAUCCAGAAGUAUGGCCACGGCAAGACCAUCAAGCUGCAGUGCCCACGCAGCGCCGUGGGCCGCAUCAUCGGCCGCGGCGGCGAGACUGUCAAGAUGCUGCAGCGCAAGUACAAUGCCAGCGUGCAGAUCAACCAGUCCACUGACCCCAUGGACAUCACCAUCAUCGCGUCGCCCCACGAGGCCGAGGCCUGCCAGGCGGAGAUAAACCACAUCAUCAUGCACCCAGACAUGCCCAUGGGCGGCGGCGGCGGCAUGGGGCCCGGCUUUCGCGGCGGCCCCGGUGGCGGCGGCAUGGGCCCGCGCCCCGGUUAUGGCGGCGGCGGCAUGCCCGGCCCCUACGGCAUGGGCAUGCCAGGAAUGUAUGGCGCGAUGCCCUAUGGCGGCAUGAUGCCGCCCUACGGGGGCUACGGCAUGGGUAUGCCCCCGGCUGCCAUGCCGGCCUAUGGAGGCUACGCCAUGGGCGGCGGGUACGAUGCAGCGGCUUACGGCGGCGCAGGCGGCUACGGCGGGGGUGCCGCUGUGGGGGCCCAGCAGCAGUAUGGCGGACCAGCUGGUGGGGUGGGCGCAGGCGGCGCGGCUGCCUCCGUGUGGCAGGCGAUCCCUGACGACCAGGGCCGCACUUACUACUACAACUCGCAGACGGGCGUCAGCCAGUGGGAGAAGCCUGCGGAUAUGCCCUGA